AUGGAAAACACUUCAAGUGUAGGUUGUGCCUUUGCAGGCUGCAAGCGCAAGGAGGAUUUAACUUCGGAUACCAUGCCUUCCCCGAAGAAGCCGCGUUUGGUUUUCACAGACCUCCAGCGGCGUACUCUACAGGCUAUUUUUAAGGAAACAAAACGACCAUCAAAAGAAAUGCAAGUUACAAUAGCGAGGCAGCUCGGCUUAGAGCCGACUACAGUAGGUAAUUUCUUUAUGAACGCCCGAAGACGAUCAAUGGACAAAUGGAAAGAUGACGAUGCACCAUCCACGGAAUUAGAUGCACAGUGCGACGGUCACGACCUCGAUAGAGUACCAAGUCUAGAUUCAGCAGAAUCUGAAGAAGACCAUGAUGAUGCCGACGACCACCUGUUGUGA